AUGAUCAUGAGAGAGAUUUUCAUCCUUUUGCUGAAUCUGUAUUUGGUCUUCAGUGCCCAAGCCAUUCAAGAGAGUAUCCCUAUGAAGACCUUGAGCUGCUACAAUGACUACAACUCACAGGUGACCUGCACGUGGAUGGAGCAUUCAGAGGCUCAUGCCCUCGUUGGUAUGAUUCUUUACCAAAGGAAUAAUAUUAUAAUGAAGAAUGAGGUGAUGCUUUGCAAACGCCAGACAAAAAAUGACUUACAUGAGGCUCCAGGCUCCUAUGUGCACUGGGUUUGUCGCGACACUAUAGACGAUUUUGGAAUAGGGGUAGAAGAUAUUUACAGCUUCAAACCUAACAAGAUGCUUCAAGCAGAACUAAAUGUUGAUCUUUUCCAAAAUGUUCAGACCCUCCCACCUCAAAACCUCUCAGUCAGGUUGAUGAUAUCAGGAGACGUCUUGCUGACCUGGAAAGCAGCUGAUGGGACCCGGGGGCGGGGCAGUGCACGUGAAGUCACUUACAAGCGGGACUGGGAGUCCUGGGAGAAAGCUGCCUCACUCUUGCUCUCCAACACCACACAUUGCCAUCUCAGCCGCAAGGACCUUGUCCCAGAGAGCAGCUAUGUUGCCCGUGUGCGAGCCAGACCGGGGCGGGCCAGUGGCUUCUCUGGGCAGUACAGCGAGUGGAGCGCAGAGGUGUCGUGGAAGACCCCUGAAGGUGGCCUUCAGCCCAGGAACCUUCGCUGCCUCUUCAACGGUGCAGAUCGUCUGACGUGCAGCUGGGAAGUGAAGAAAGCGAUCACCACCUCUGUCCUCUUUGGCUUGUUCUUCAGGGCCACUCCGGCAUCAGCAGAAGAGGAGUGCUCUCCUGUAAACGAGAAGGCUUUGCCCCACAUCCCAUAUGUGGUCCAGAGCUGUGAGAUCCCUGUUAGCAACCCCAGCAGUCACAGCCAGUACCAUGUGUCUGUCUGGCCCAAGACAGAGGAGAAACUGAUUGAAGCCUACAAGAACAUUAAGGUGCAGCCGCCUGCAAAUGUGUCAGUAACAGUGACAGAGAGCCAAGAGUAUGAACUGGGGUGGAUAAAACACACUUUGUUUUAUGGCAAUAUAAAACAGAGAUACCAAGUUGAGUACUGGAAAAACAAUCAAUAUGAAAAGACUGUCCAGAAGCUAAAUAUCAGCAGUGAUGAACCUCCCUUCAUCUUCACCCCACAGAUGCUGGCAUCAUCUACAGAAUAUAGGGGCAAAAUGCGUGCAAGGGUGAAUACGCCUCUGGAUUAUGAGGGGCCUUGGAGUGAAUGGAGUGAGGAGUUCACCUGGAAGACAGAGAAUGUUCUCUCACCAGUGGUUCUCCCAGUGAUGCUCCCAGCUCUCAUCAUCACUUUGCUAACAGUUGCUUAUUGCAGCUAUAAGUAUUUCCUCAGGAAGAAGCAAAUGUGGGAGGAAAAGAUUCCAAACCCCAGCAAGAGUCUUCUGAUCCAGAGCUACCUGGGGAAAGUACAUUUAGGAAAGGGGCCAAUGAGCAGCCAGCUGGACUUCAACAAAUACAACCUUUCGGAGAAGAUGGAGCAGGCUAGCAUCCUUCAAGUUGUGGACAGGCAGACGAAGACUUUGGCAGAGUCCCCUGAAGGGCAGGCUAAAAAGACAGAUGUUUCCCCUGUUGCACUGGACCUGCAGAACUCAUACCAUGCUUUAAAUGAGUCAGAGCACGCCCCAGUUGCCUGCUCAAGUCAAAUUGCUGGUCGUUCCUUUCCUGUUUCAAGGAGAAACAGUGCUGAUGCAAGUGUUCCUUCCCAGACAGCAAUCCCUUGCCUUGCAUUCAAUGGUCCAUACUUGUACAGCCCAGUGAUGUCCUCCCAGCCCGAUAUGCAUCAGGCCCUGCAAGUGGACCCAGUGGGAGUCUGUGAGAAAUCAGUUUCCCUUCAGUAUGUGACCCUCCCAAGCGAAGACUGUCCCCAGGCUCCACAGAGGCAAGAACAGCCAGGAGCAGGUCCUCCACAGCCCUUCAUGCUCCCAGAUCAGAAGGAAAUGAUGCAGCACCUCGACGAUGAGAAAGAAGUCUCACCGGCCCCACCAGCCUGUGGGAAAGGCACGAACAUGAGCACAGAAGAGCAGCAAUCUCCAAAGGCUCUUAGCCAUAUCACGUCUCCUCAGCAGUGCCCCUUGGAGUACAUUCCCACAGAGAGCCUGUUACUGCCAUCAGCCAGCGACUCCACCCAUCCGCCACUUGUCACUGCUGGGGAGUUACCUUGUGACUCACAGGAGCCCCAGCCCCCCAGUGACCACGCUUACCAUGAGUUUUCUCCUGGGAAAACUGGUGUCAUGGUCCCAGUUUCAGGUCAAGCACCAACCUCUUCCGAAUUGCACCUGGAUACAUUUGGAGACUAUCUUACUGUCCCUUUCGGUCUUCAUGAACAUUCAGAACCCACAAAGAUUUCUUUGCCUGUCUUACAGAAGGGAAAUGAUCUUCCUAGAAAGCAGCCUUUGUCAGAGAGUAACUUGGUGGUGUUAAAUCCUGACAGCACUGAGCCAGUUUUCCUUUGCCAGGUUGGUGAUUAUUGCUUCCAUAGCUUAAAAUCCAGUGUGAAGACGGAUAUUAGUCAGGAAGACCACCAAGUCAAGAAACCUUCUGAAGGCAAGACAAUACCUGGGAAGCCUGUAUCUGAUGAUGGCAAGGAAAAGGAUGUAUCAAAAAUGCAGGCUAUUCAGCUUUUCAAAAACCUCAAAUCAGAUGAUUACUUUUCCUGGCAGCAAUCUUUGAGGAUCACAGAAAUCUGUUAA